AUGCACAAAGUUAAGAUUCGCUCGCCAGCAGCACAAUUUACUAAUUUAUUUUUUCGUGCAGCUGCUACCACUACUCGGAAAGUAAAUAAGAAUCAAUUUAUUGCUGCCAUUGUUGGAAAGUCAUCAUGUUUGCAAAAAUCAACGACUAGUAAAGUAUCACCAUCUGAUUUUUUGAAAACUUCAUCACCCUAUUUUACUCCCGAUAGGAUGGAAGAGGGAGCCUAUGAAGUUGUUAAUUCAUUCCGAGAGGUGGAUACAGAGAAAAUUAAAGUACCUCCAUAUUUUGAUAAGGAGUCGUGGGAUUAUUCAAUGAAAUUGGAAAUACACAACGAUGAACAAGAUGUGAAUAGUAUUAGGAGAGUAACUAAGUUGGCUGGAGAGGUUUUACGAUAUGCAGGAAGUUUGGUAAAGGAAGGAGUGACAACGGAGGAAAUUGAUGAAAAGGUGUUUAAUUAUAUUAUUGAGAAUGGAGCUUAUCCAUCACCUUUGAGAUAUAACAAAUUUCCAAAAUCUUUGUGUACAUCAAUUAAUGAAAUUCUCGUGCACGGUAUUCCAAAUACUAGAGCAUUGAAGUAUUCUGAUUUAAUUAAUUUGGAUAUUACUGUUUAUUUGGAUGGAUUUCAUGGUGAUACCAGUAAGACAUUUAUUGUUGGAGAAAAUGAGGAAAAACCAGAUCAACCAAUCAAGAAUGAAUAUAAAUUAUUGAUUCAGGCAACGAGAGAAGCAUUAUGGGAAGGCAUCAAAGUUUGUGGACCAGGAGUUCCUCUCUACAAAAUUGGAUGUGCAAUUGACAAAUACUUGUCUAAAUUCAAUGAAACUCAUGGCACUUCAUUCAAAUCCAGUCCAGACUAUGUUGGACAUGGUAUUGGACGAGAAUUCCACGGACUGCCACAAAUUGUAAUGGUCAAAAACAAAUACGGAAAAGAUUUUGUUGGAUCUGACAAGAUGAAACCAGGCAUGGUCUUUACAAUUGAACCAGUUAUCUUAACUGGCUCCACAAAGAGUAAAACUUGGAAAUCUGACUCAUGGACCAUCACUGCAAAAGAUGGUUGUGUGAAUGCACAGUUCGAACAUACCAUCAGAAUACGAGCCACAGAUAAGGAAACAAUGACCGAAAAUUGCUUAAUUGGUUGCGAAGUUUUGACUCUCCAUGAUGAGUAUGACAAGGCAAUGCUUCAAAACAUUCUUAAUAUUCAAAGUUCCGACCCUGAACAAGCAGCAACUGUUGAAACAACUGCCUCAGACCAAUAA